AAAGCGGCUUCAUAGGACGCCCAGCUUUGAUACUCAGGCUCGCCGGAGCCGCAUUGCUCGAAACGCAACAGCAACUGGCCAGCUGCGGGGUCGCCGCGACCGUACAGGCGCCCACAGGGUGCUGCCAGGAAUCUCUGCAAAACCGCCCGCUGCCGUCGCCGCCCUGCAAACUGGCCCGCCCGCUCGUCGCCCUGAUCCUCGGGGCCCACCGCGCCGCGGCCAUGGCCGCCUACGACAAGCCGACGCUCGUCUAUUUCAACAUCCUGGGGAGAGGCGAGCCGAUCCGCAUGACCUUUGCCGCGUGUGGUGUGGAGUACGACGAGCAGUCCGUGCCGUAUGGGGACAUGAAGGGCCAGGCCGGUUCAAAGGACUGGCCCUUCGGCCAGGCGCCCGUACUCAGAACUCAAGGGACAUCACUCACGCAGAUGACCGCAAUUAUGAGAUACGUCGCGGCGAAGCACAAGCCCGAGUUGCUCGGCACUACUUUGGAAGAUAGGGCGACCGUCGACGCCUUGCUCGAGGGCAUUGAUGAUCUGUACCUGAAGUACAUCGACUGUGUGUAUUCGGACCAGCUCUCACCACCAGCUAGGGACGCGCUCUGGGCGAAGCACUUCAAUCCCAUGACGGCCGCCGAGCGGAACGGCGGCGGGCACCUGCGUUUUAUCGACGGGUUUUUGGAAAGGUCCGGCGGGCCGUUCCUGCUCGGUGAGCGUUGUACAAUAGCGGACCUGUUCCUGUACUUCGCCUUGGAGGCGUUCUCGCGCGACGUGUGCUUCGGAAAUAGGCCGGCGCAGAUCUAUCCAAGAUUGGGUGUGUUCCAGGAGGCCGUCGCUGACUUGGACGGCCUGAAGGAGCGGCUCGCGUCGUCGGCGCGCGCGAGUUUAUCAUUCAACGGGAACGGGGUCGGGUGAGGGUCGGCUAAGAGGGCAUUUGUUCAAA